AUGUAUACUGAACAAGUAUCUUUAUUCUACAAACAAAUCCCUAAAAUGGUGUUCAAUAACAUUACAACGACAGUCGAACUUAUGCAAACAUCAAAAUCGCUUAGUGAUACGCUUAACCUUAUAUCACAAAAUAUUCUCAUUUAUUUACCACUGGUUUUUUUCCUCUUUGGUCUUAUUGGAUUUAUUGGUAAUGUUUUUACUUAUCUUCAACCUCAACUUCGUUCAAAUACUUGUUGUAUUUAUUUACUUUGUGGUUCAUUCAUUGAUAUUGUUAAUCUUUCGAUUAAUUCAUUUCCAACAUUUCUUGCAGCGAAAUCUGGAAUUACUAUACCAUGGUAUUUGUCAUCUGCUCUUUGCAAAUUUUAUAUCUUUAUCUUGGUAUUUUUGCCACAUUUAUCAUUAAAUUUUCUAUGCAUGGCUAUUAUCGAUCGAUUUGCUAUAACUUGUGAUCAUACAUCAUCUAUUCGUCGAAUAACUCAACUACGAAAAGUGCCAUGGAUGAUUGGUCUGGCUGUUCUCACCAGCGGUCUUUUUUCAUUGUGUGGUGCUCUCGAUUAUGAUCUUAUGUAUGGAUAUUUAUGUAUAUCAACACAACCGAUGGCAACAAGUAUUUCAUAUAUUGUUCUUAUUGGUUUAAUUUCACCAAUAACAAUGAUAAUAUUUGUUUUACUUACUUAUCGAAAUGUUCGUCGAAGUCGUAGACGAGUCGGUGAAGUAGGCAGAACACGUGGACAAAAUCUUCGAAAUCAGUUCAUUGUGACAAUAUUUGCACAAGUUCUAAUAACAACUUUCAUUGCAUUACAAUGGAUUAUAACAUAUACGUAUUUUACAUUUGCUCCAAUUUACACGGAAACUCCUGUACAAGUAUCGAUUAUUAUCUUUGUUUUUGGUCUUAGUAGUAAUUUUUAUUUCUUAAAUAAUGUUAAAGCAUUUUAUAUUUCAAUCUUAACAUCUCGUGUAUUUAGAAAAGCAUUUAUUGGUGGUAUGAGGAAUUUAUUUCGUCAUUAUAUAAGACAACAAGUGAACGUGUCGGUGUCAACCAGUUGUAGAACAUGUGGUAUUAAUUGUCCUGAUCUUCGUCAACAUACUUGCUCAAAUGAGAUCAAAUGUGUUCAUUGUGGCGGCUCUCAUGCUUCCAAUUCUCUUCGUUGUGCCGUUGUAAAAGAUUAUCGUGCUGCACUCACGAAGAAACUCUUAUCGACAAAUACUCCAGCAAACAAAAAUUUUAAUUACGUACAUGAUCCUGCAUUUUAUCCUUCUCUUCAACUACCACAAGGAACAACUCUACCAUCAUCUUAUGCUGCAUCUAACCAGAAAAUCGAAGAAUUAUUAUCCGGUAUGAAUGAAAUGAAAUUUAUGUUAAAUCGUUUAUGUUCGAAAGAAAAUGAGUUUAAUGAGUUUAUGACAAGUAAAAACAAGAAUGACGAGCUGAUGUUAGAAAAAAUUGAACGUAUAAUCACAAAUGACAAAAUUACGAAAGAAGCUUGUGACAACAAUGAUAAAUUAAUUAAAAGAUUGAUUCUUCCAACAUUAGAUUUAAUCUCAAAUUUUCUUGUUCAAACUAAUCCUAAAGCUACUGGAAAUGUUGUCACUGAAUUCAAAUCUCAAAUUCAGAUUAAACGUGCAUUAAUUGAUCAAAUUAUCUCAGGUAAAAAAGUCACUUUAUGA